AUGACAGCCUCCUGAUAAUACUACGGGUAUUUCUACAUUUCAGAUCUUUUGUACAAAUCGUUAGUUCAGGAGACAGAUGAAGAAUUUAGAAUUGUUUUGGGAAUUUUUUUUUGUCAAGUGCUUUUUAACCUUUGCAUUUUUCCAUUAAUGCUCUGAUUUUCAUGAAAUGAUUCAUGCACUUUAUUUUAAUGAUAACAUUAUUUAUUACUAAGGAAGCAGACACUUUGAUAUUUGUAGGUGAUUACAAAUGUUAUUUGCAGCUAGAAUGGAGGGUUUGAAAGCAAACUUACAUUUCCUUUUCAGCCUUAUUACUGUACACUUUGUUUGUUUAAUAGGCUAUUCAGCCAAAUAAGUAUUAACAAGUAUUAACUUUUGCUUAUAUAAGAAAAAUCGGCUUGUAUAGUAACAUUUGUGGCCUUAUUUUUCUAACUGUAUAUGCAGGAUCUCUUUUAAAACGUUUUCUGCAACAGCUGAAAGUGAAAGAAGAAAAAGACACCGUGACAUACAGUAGAAAGCCACAAAUGAAGGUUCACAUUUGUAACAUUUAAUCUCUUAAAUCACUGCGCUAAAUGUCAGCUGCAGUCAUUUAUAGAAUCAGUCAUACAUGGGGAAAGUCACAUCGAUAUGUUUCUGACUGGAAAUGUUUCAGAUGCAUUAUUCAUACAAUUUAGUAUAAUAAAAAAAUAAUAAAGAAUUAUGUUUAGGCCUAUUCAAAAUGCAUUCAGAUCCUCCCUCUGAUAUAAUACCUAUAUGCGAACUCUUUUGAGGGCAAACUUUCUCAAUGCUACAGUUACAUGAUGUUGUUUAUAUGGUUUAAAAUCUCCUAAGUGAAUGUGUUAACCUGCAAAAGUUCAUUUAUUGUGAAAGUUUAGUGUGUAAUUCCAUUCGUGGAGUUUGGUGAAGUGAGAACCUUGAGAUACCAUCUUCACUAAUGAGAGAUUUUUUGAUAAAAUUUGAGGUUAAGACCUCCUACAUAAACAGGAACUUCUCUGUAUAUAAAGUCAUGUUGAUGCCCUUCACUGCCUCAGACUUCAGCUUUCACGCUUUUAUGUAAUGUUUCUCUAAUGCUUCAGAAUAAAUUAGGUGAGUUAAUAUGAGUCUUCUUUCAAAUUUGAGCGUACACAUAUACUUGAUUUUUAAGCAUCUGGGUGUUUUGACUUUUGCAGUUUAUUCUCAUUAGAAUGAACAUCUGAUUAUGUAUCACUUAAUAAAUGGAAUCUGAGGGGGUUUUAUAUCGAAGGUUUAAGAUGAAUCGUUCUUGUAUUCCUCACCUGUAAGUCGCCUUUAAUGUCUUCUACAUGAAUAAAUUGUUGCAUUUAUGCUAAACAGUUCAUGUCUUGUCAGUUGCAUGUGCGGAGCUGUGUGAGUUCUGGCCAAGCUGAAGUCUGGAAGAGCGCAUUCUUACAGUUUUGUUAAAGAACAAUGAGCCCCACUGGGAUUUUCAGCAUUUUCUUGGCUUUUUCAGUUCAGGCUAAAGCCGCUUCACAGGAGUACAUCUGUGAGACAGAUUACUGGCAUACCAUCAGCUGCUCUUUAAAACUACCAAUCACAUCCACUAGAAACAUAUCAUACUGGCUGGAGGCUCAUAACAGAGAUCAGAAUUAUAGAUGCCAACUUCAGAGAGUACAUGAAGAUCACAUCUGCAAUAUCACAGUAGAAUCAGGCUUCAGGAGUCUUGAUGAAUAUUCUAUGAAACUUCUUUAUUUUGAAAAUGGAACUGUGAAUUCAUUUCUGUUGGAUGCUUAUUUUGAGCCAGUAACAAAUAUUAAACCAAAAACCCCAUUUGAUCUGACGUUACAAUAUGCAAAUGGAACGUAUCAUUUCUUUUGGAAGAGUGGAUAUGAAAAUCAUACCUACCGAAAAGCUCUACCUAUCAAAUAUGAAUUAAACUACUACAAAGACAGAGAUCCCACAAGUGUAAGACUGAUUAUAGUGAUGAUUCAAUUAUGAAUGUCUGCCAUUCAUAGGACAUGUUCUCUGAGAACAUCCUCUGUUUCACCCACAUCAAAGAAACAUAUGUGACACCAUCUUUCUGGGUAUUCCUGUUGUGAAAAUUGGACAAAAGUGUCAGCUACAUGACUAAAUGUAAAAUAAAUGUGUUCUAUGAAUGGGUUAACAUUGACAUUUUUUCUUUAAGGAAGUCAGUUUUCAACUAGACGAAGAAAUGAUUCAGAUUGAAGAAAUGAGGUUUGAUCCGGACACUGUGUACACUGUGAUGGUGAAGAGUAAGAUAGAUGACAGACGGACCUACAGUGGAACGUGGAGCGACUGGAGCAGUGCUGUGAAAUGGAAAACAGCAUACAGAGAUGAGCCCAGUCAAGACAUCACGAUUGUCAUUGGAAUGUUUGCAGUGGCUGGACUUUUAAUUCUGCUUAUGUCCUUUCUUGCUGCCAGAUUUAAGAUGAAAGAUAUUUCAUGGGUGCCGACACCAGAAACGUACUUCCAGCCACUUUAUCAAAAGUACCAUGGCAAUUUUCAGUGUUGGGUUUUGGCAAAAACUCCUUUAGAAGAUUUUCAAGUUACGGAAGACUUUUCAAAAAUCGACAAGAUUUCCGAGGUCUUUACCACACUACAGGAUCAGGUCGAGUCAACGGGCAUGUAUCCCACAGCACAAUGCCACACACCCUAUGUGGGCCCCACAGCUGAGGUCUGGGCCCCGUGCCAAAUGCCUGAUACGCGCAGUGAGACAAGCAUCCCGUGUGAGGAAUUUCCUUUGUUCUGCGAAGAGUUGCCUGAUAAAGUGGAAAACCUGUUCCAGUCUCUGAACUUGUGUCUGAGUGGGGAUGUUCUGUCUCUGAAGGACUCCACUCUUAGUCUUGAGUGUCUUAACAGCUGCGAGACUUCUGAAGCAGCGGUUAUCAUUAACCCAGUGCCUGCGUGUUUCAAACAAGACUACUGCACUCUUACCAACACUCCCACAGGCCCCGUUCCCACCUUCACCAGAGAUGAACACCGCCAAUGAUUAAAUACAGGAAGAUAUUACACCACGGAUUUCUGUAGAUAUGUAGACAUUUUAAAUUGAUACACUCUUAAAAAUAAAGGUGCUUAAAACUUUCUUCACAGCAAUGCCAUAGAAGAACC